ACACUUGCAAGAUAACUUUGACUGAUUUGUCUCUGCCUCAGCAUUUUUUUAACUUUAUUGUUGGAUCGGUGGCGUUGCGUCUUCUACUGUGCUUAUCGUGACUUUGCUGCAAUUGCAAAGAAUGUCUCCAGUGGAAAGUGGGAGCAGAAACUCGGCAGAGGCGGAGACGCAAAUCCAGAUGAAUUUUGUUCGCAUUCAGAAUAUCACGGGGAAAGACAGCGAAAUAUCUGUGUCGGUUGAUCCCGCGAGGAUUAAAACCGUGGGCGACUUGUGCAGUUGGGACAUUGUCCGCGGGUGUUUUCGUGAGGACCAGCUCCUGCCGCCUACGAGUCGAUUGCAGUGGCUUAAGGUCGUGGAGGAAAGCAGCGAUGUUGAGGGGGAGGAUGAAGCAGCGCACGACGGCAGUGAGCCUGAGGAGCAAGAAGACGAGUUCGUACACAUGGGUGAGGAGGCGCCAGUUCUUUCGCAUCAGCAAGAUGUCGCUGGCGAAGAUGGUGACUCAGCAUCCGCAAGCAAGCAACCAAGGGCGGCUGACAAGAGCACGCAUGCUACGACCGAAUUUCUUGCGCGCGAUGUCGAAAUUGAAUAUGACUCGCCAGCCGCCGUUGUUGCGUAUCAAUUCGUCGUAACGGCGGGCGCGGACUGGCCUCAAGUCAUUCAACGGAAAAUCGAGGGUGCUCCAUCGCCGGCGCCGCCUGGCGGCGGGUCGCCUGACGCGGCUGCAUUGCAUGCAGUGGAUGUUCUUUUUACCGGCGCUAUCACAGUUUCCGACGCGCGCGACUUUCUCUAUGACCUGGCGUAUUUGAAUCUCGAAGCAAUACAGCCAGAUAGUGCGAGAGAUUUUUGUCUUCAGAUGGUCGCGGACUCCCUGCCGUGGCUAACGAACGCCCCGCCGCGCGAGGGACCCCCCGCUGUGGGCGAGGGAUCCCUGUGCUUCAAUCUAGCCGAGGCUGCGAUGGAAUUACCUCCGGAAGAGUGGGCAAAGCAUGCGAAGAUCACAAGUGACCACCGCGCGGCUGCGAUCGUGUCAGAGGAACGCAAAGACUUUGGGAAGAGGGCGCUAGUCUGUUACUGGAAUGGUGGGCUACCUCUUGCACAUACUCCCGAAGAUUUGGAGAACAUCGAGCGCGAAUCGCGUUGCGCCGAGGCUGAAGCAUUUUUUCGCACUACGCUGGAUACGUGCCAAUUAGCGGGAGAACCCUUGGCGAAUGCAAUUUUCCGAGAGGGUAUGGGCCAUUUGGAUCUUUCCCAAGAGAGCCCGAAGAGGCGCGACCUGUGCAGAAUCGCGCGCACGACUCUCGAGUGGCUGAGGGCCAACAUGGGCGCAGCAGCCGUCUGGGCUUUUCUCGACCAGAUGGGAACUCUGCUCUCAGUCGAACAGUUAGCAGAAUCUUGGCGCGAAUUUGUCGCGGACGAACUGCCACAGGAAAUCACCGACUUGGCCGAGCUACGCGACUCUUUGGAGCAGUAUCGUGACAGAGCGGAGUGCGAUGCGAAAGGAGCCCGUACAGCAGUCGCGUUAUUUUAUGACCAGGCGGAUGCAUUGGGUUUUCCUUAUCCCAUUGGAGAAGAUUUUGAAGAGGCCUGCGACUAUCUCGAAGGAGUUUGUCAUUGUGCAGCUGCGUUAGAGGCUUUUGGAAUCGAUCGGCUCUUUGAAAAAAAGCUAGACAAUGCUGCCGCAGCGGAACAAGGCCUCACGUGGGACUUCUGCUUUGAAUAUCUGCGAGGGUACGUUUCCGAAUGAGCAGGGGCAUGAGAACGCGGAUGCAAACGAGGACUCUGAGGAAGAAGUUGGAAGCAGCGAGCUUGAAGAUGAUAUGGAAGCCGGGGAGCAAGAGGAGGAGGAGCAGCGCCGCGGUUGAAAAAGGAAAAUUGAUGGCGAUGGAAACGAAAAAAAGGCGCGCCGUCCGUUGCUGAUCUUUUCAAGAGGACGAGAGACAUGACGUUACUUACUUAGAAUGAUAUCGAUAAUUUAUUCUUGAAAGCAGUACACCAGAUGAAUCGAUCCUAUUCCAGACCACACGUUUUUCCUCCAAUGAAGCACGACAGCUACUGUGUAGCGGGUUUUUCUUCCAAUGAAGCACGACAGCUACUGUGUAGGUGUAGCGGACGAAUCUUUCGAAAACACAAAACCAGCAUGAGAACCGGAAGCAGAUGAAGGGGAUCCAAAAACGAAGCGGAAUGACCGAGCGUCCCUUUCCACAGUCAAGAAGUGUUCUUAUCUUAGAAAAGAUCCAAACCGUAACCGU